UCCGGGCACCUUCAGACUUUGCAGAGGCGCUGGCACCCCCGGUUUCCUGUGCUGCAGUAAAGUUGCUGCUGCAGGGAGAUGAUGAACUGAGAGCUUUGGCGAUCUGGGGAACCACAACAUGAGGGCAGUGACCUAUGAUGAUGUGAACAUCAACUUCACUUUGGAAGAGUGGAAUUUGCUGGAUCAUUCUCAGAAGAAUCUCUACAAAGAUGUAAUGUUGGAGACCUACAGGAACCUCACUACUGUAGGAUUCGUUUGGGAAGAUCAUAAUACUGAAGAACAUUGUCAAAAUUUUAGAAGAUUUGAAAGGACUGAAAGAAUUCAAACUGGAGAGAAUCUUUCCGUAUAUAUUCAGUGUUGUAAACUUUUGGCAUAUGACAGUUACCUUAAAUGGAAUGAAAGACCACACACUGGAGAAAAGCCCUAUGAAUGUAAUCAGUGUGGUAAGGCCUUUGCACAGCACAGUUAUCUUCAAAUGCAUAAAAGAACACAUACUGGAGAGAAACCCUAUAAAUGUAAUCAGUGUGGGAAGGCCUUUGCAUAUCGAAAUAGUCUUCAAAUGCAUAAAAGAACACAUACUGGAGAAAAACCCUAUGGAUGUAAUCAGUGUGGUAAAGCCUUUGCACAAUACAGUGCUCUUCAAUACCAUGAAAGAACACACACUGGAGAGAAACCCUAUGGAUGUAAUCAGUGUGGGAAGGCCUUUGCACAGUAUAGUGCUCUUCAAUACCAUAAAAGAAAACAUACUGGAGAGAAACCCUAUGGAUGUAAUCUGUGCAGUAAGGCCUUUGCACAGCACAGUCAUCUUCAAUUGCAUAAAAGAACACAUACGGGAGAGAAACCUUAUGAAUGUAAUCAGUGUGGUAAGGGCUUUGCACAGCACAGUCAUCUUCAAUUGCAUAAAAGAACACACACUGGAGAGAAACCCUAUGAAUGUAAUGAGUGUGGUAAGGCCUUUGCAUGUCACAGGAAUCUUAAAAGGCAUAAAGGAACACAUACUAGAGAGAAACCCUAUGAAUGUAAUCAAUGUGGUAAAGCCUUUGCAGACCACAGUAAUCUUCAAAGGCAUAAAAGAACACAUGCUGGAGAGAAGUCCUAUGAAUGUAAUCAGUGUAGUAAGACCUUUGCAGCUCACAGGAAUCUUCAAAGGCAUAAAAGAACACAUGCUGGAGAGAAACAGUAUGAAUGAGAUCAGUGUAAUAAAGCCUUUUCAUGUUUUAUUCAUCUUUAAAUGCAUAAAAGUACACAUACCAGAGAGAAACAAUGAAUGGAUUCUAUGUGGUAAAUCCUUUGUCACAAAAAUCUCCAAAUAUAUAAAAUAAACCAUCCUGGAAAGAAACUCCAUGAAUUUCAUGAGUGUAGUCUUCAAAUCAAGUGUAGUCUUUCAAAAUCACAAGAAAAAUCAUACUGCAAUAAAACUCUAUAAAUAAAAUCAGUGUGGCAAUGUUUUGCACUUUAUGUGUGUAAUCAAUCUGAUAAAGCUUUUCCAUAUUACAAUAGUCUUUUGUUACCUGAAGAAGAAACUGAGGGCUUCUUCUAAAUUAUUUUUCAAGCUCUUAAGCCAAUGCACUUACAGUCAGUUAACCAAUAGCAUUUAUUCUGUAGAAAAAAAAAUUUGAUAGUGUCAAUAAUCUCUUCAAGCAUUAUGAUACCUCUUUAUUUUGUUUGCACUAGCAAACUGAUGGACAAAACCUAAUUAUGAAUUUCUGAAGUCCCAUGGGUAAGAGAGCCAGUCAAAGAAACACAUCCUGCUUCUGAAAUGAGAUCCAAAGGAAACCACGUUCUACCUGAAUCUAGAGCAACUUAAAGAAACAUCACCCUGAAAACAAAGCCAAAAAGUCAAAUAGGGCCAGUGAAGGAAACACACUCUACGCUUGUCCAACUGAGCACAAAACUAAUCAAUCCAUGAGCCAAAAUCCAGUCCAUCUCUGAGCUUGUUCAAGAUCAGGGAUUAAAAUCCAACCAAUUUCCACCUUCAAAAUCUUUUUAAAAGACCUCUGCUUCUAAGAAGGCCUAUGUGAGCCAUAUGCUCAGUCAGUACUCUGCUGCCCCUUUCCUCCCUGGCAGUCAUACUCCUAGAUUCUUCCAUUUUAAGUAAAUCUCUGGAUUGAGUUUCUGUGAAGACCUCUUUUCACCGGAGUCAAUGAGAAACUCCAUAGUGAAGUUGAGUCUAGAUACAACUGAUACCUCUGCUCAGAAACGCACUUAGCCCAGAAGAAAACAGAAGCAGUGGACACUUUUUAUGGGACACUCCCUUAGGGAGCAGAUCACCAACAGAUAUUUCUUCUGGGAAACUCUCUUAGAAGAAGUGUCAGACAUGGCACCUAAAGCAGUAGUUUAAGAACUCACAUCCUUAAUCUCCUGCAUGAAGCAGAGAGUGGGAACUGGAACUGGUGUAUGGAUGUAAAUUCUUAUAGCCUACCCUCAGUGACAUAUUUCUUUCAGCAGGACAACUUGUCCUAUAUCUUCCCAAAUGAUAACACCAACUUAGAAGGGUUAAAUUCUCUUUCUUCAAGCUUAAAUUUGCUUUCUCUUUACAUGAACCAAUUCAUGAUGAAUAAAAUCUCUGUAAGUCAGCGAUAAGAUGCCUCAACUUCCCUUUUACAGUAAUAAAAGCUUACAGGAGGAAAUGUUCAUGAGUGAUAAACUGUUUGACUAAAAAGUUGUUUUAACUGUAAUUCUAUGAUGUAUGUGUGUCUCUGGGAAUGUGUGUUAUGUAUCUUGAGAUAAUUGAUACCUUGGAUCUUCUUGUAGCAGGAAUUACAGGAAGCUGUUAAAAAUUUGACCUUCUUCCUGGGAAUGAACAUUUCUUAGUCACCUAGCCAUGACUUCAGUGCUGUGAAUACUUUAAAGUCUAUGUAUUCCACUUUGAAGUCUGAAAUAGGAGCAAACUCAUAAAGAAGAAAUCCCUAUUCAUGAGAAGAAUUUGUUAAUGACUUUAGCUAUCACAGUUCUCUUAACUUCAAGAAAAAAUAUUUUUCAUCAUAGCCUUGAAAGAAAUAAAUUAUGUACCAUGUUCACUCAAGACUGAGGGAGAAGAUAAUUGCAGCGUGGUUUCUAUUUUGAAACAUUUGAGAUAGUAACAAAAGUGUGCUAUAUGUAUAGCCAAUCCAUUUACUAAUGUUUAUUUUGUAGUCCUUAUAUUCUUUCUAUGACUUUUGUUCAUCUUAUAUUGUGCCUAUACCUAGUAGUAGGUAUUUUUCUUUUGUAAUAUAUAAAAAUUGUGUACCCAUCAUAUAACUGUCCUAUUGGUUAUUGAAAUAUCAAGCCAUGUUUGAUCAUACUUUUCAUGUAAGUGUAGUGGUUCUUUUCCUGGUUUUGAUUCUCAGCUUUUCACAAAUUCCCUUGUGAUUUUGUUGUUAUACAUCCUAGCUUGGAUGUCAGUAAUGAUUCAGGGACACAUUUGAACUCAUGAUCCUCAUUUGUCUUACUCUUGAGUACAAGUCCAAGGGUAGAUGAUAAACUCCCAAUAUGCGAUGUUUUUCAAGAGAAUUUAACAAUGUUAAUGUUAAAAUGACUGAUAAAAAUUGUAAGAAACAUUAAAUACCUCCUGUGUAUUCAAACAAAUAUUUUAUUUAUCUGAUAUAGGUGUAAUAAUAUAGGAUAAUCAGCAAUCAACUGUAUGUCUAAUACCAUAGCUUGAUGUUCUCUAGGGGUUGAUGUUAGGUUUCAAGUCUUGUACAGAACAGUCCUUUCCCACUGAGUCAUUUCACUGGUGCUCAAAUUCAAUUUGAAAUAAUAUUUACAACAGUAAAAUUUGUUUAUUUUAAA